AUGACGCCACAGCAGGGAUCAAAUAAAGCAGUUUCAGGGCUUUUGGCACGUCCAGUAUACUGUGUGACUCUACUAGUAACCGCUAGUAGCAUCCAGAAAUAUAUAUAUAACCCCUUAGUGAGUACACUGGGAAUAAUAAGAAUUAGUUUGGCUAUCCAUUGCACCAAAAGAGGGGGUAGCCAAACCUCAAAACGUCACAUUGGCGCCCAACUAGUUUUUGGCACUCAUCAGGAGAUAGUGCAGAAGAAUUAUGUGACACUAGAAAGAAAAUUAAACCGACAACGCAGACCGAUAGCCGAGACGGGAAGUAUAGCAGUGACAACGCUUGACACCAACACCAGGAACCACCCAACGCCAAGCCAGGAGCAGCAGGAGAAAUUUGGGACAGGACAACUCGCCAACAGCGCAGAGACAACAAACGAGAUCCGGGACAACAGGAUGAAUAUCGGACUACUGACAAUCGUCAUGGGACUCGCGCUCGCAGGGAGCCCGGAAACUCCAGGCGUGGAGAUCACACGAUUAGAGGGAGGAAACGGAAUCCUAACCACUAAAUAUGCGAACCUGCGAAUCUAUCACACGGUGUGGAAUAUGAUUACACAUAUCGACAUAACAAAAUUCCUAGAGAAAAAACAAAUCCUCACACGACACUGGUUGGGAAUGAAAGGGAUCUGUACCCAACUACGAGGCAAUUGUAAUUUUGAAGACCAAUUAGACCAGGUAAUUAAUAGGCUCGAUAUAUUAGACGGUACUCAUCGACACAUGAGAGAAUUGUUAGCAGAAACACCGGAGAGAUCGAAACGAGCGGUCCUCGGAUUUGUCGGGAAAAUAAGCAAGAUUCUUUUCGGGACAAUGGACGAAGAUGACGCGGACUAUUACGACCAAUACAUAGAAUCCCUACAGAACACAACUAGGGAAACCCUAGCCCUUCUGGCGAAUCAAACGCACAUUAUUCGAUCCGAAUUCGAAUCAAUCCACCAAACUAUUCAAGGUCUAACUAAAGAAAUUAAGACCUUGAACGCGACAGUCUACGUAGCCAUCGGAAACAUCCUCGAACGUAUCGACACUAUAGGGAUUAAUGGGAAAAUGGCGAGCCUUAUAUCAGCCUUCGAUGCGGAACUGAGCGAAUAUGAGCUCGACACCCAAAUGCUGAUUAACGCCAUCCUAUUCGCGAAAAGAGGACAAUUGCACCCGUCAAUUAUGUCGCCAGAAAAUAUCCUGGACGCGGCUAACGAAGUAAUUCAACAUAAUCGGGGGGCGGAGUUCCCGGUCCCCCUAGAAAUCCCAUAUAUCACCGAAUUAUUAAAACUCGCGGAUCUGACGGCCUAUUUUCAUAAGGAAAAGGUCGUAUUCGUCAUCACGAUACCGAUACUUGAGCUAACAAAAUAUAUCGUGUAUAGACACUUGACAUUGCCGACAAAAAUUAACAAUACCUCAACGUCUCUAGUGGCCUUUAUAACGCCAAGUUAUCCCUACACCGCUAUUUCGGAGGAAGCCAAUACGUAUCUCAAGCUUGACAGUGAAGACAUCAACCACUGUAAAACGGGAAUGAUCGGCCUUAUAUGCAAGACCGCACGACCCCUAUACGAGGUCAAUGGGAACAAGGAUUGUGAGGUACAAAUGAUCUCCAAUCCCCGUUUUUCGAGCUCCGAAAUAUGCGAUGUACGGGUAAAAUCAAUGGACCGAACAUAUUGGGCCCGAAUAGGAAAUUCCAACACAUGGGUUUUUUCCGUCGUCACGGAAGACGAAAUACGGGUAAAAUGCACAAGACGCGAACCCGCCACGAUCAUCAUUACGGGAACCGGAACAGUCACCCUAGCGCCGGACUGCGAGAUUCGAUCGCGAUCCGUCACCCUCACCCCAUUCCAAGAACUGACGUCGAAGUUCGACCUAAAAUUCGUGGACCGAGCCGUCUUCGACAUACCGACCCUACUAAACAAGACAAUACGCGGACUCGGACCGAACAAUUUGACGGAAAUCUUAGGCGAUAUAGGCCUACUACAAACGGUACAGGUUGGACAGAACGACGAGGACAGCGUCACAAGGGACAGUCUCGGCCUGCAAGUCAUUAUCGAUAAAGCCCGAGCGCUGUCCAGGCAAGGGGAUACAAACAGAAGACUGAGGAGGGUUGAACACGGGUUAGGAUACGCGGGGAUUUCGCUAGGAAUUCUUGGGGUGAUUGCCGCGGCAUGUUGGAAAUUCUCCCUAUGGUGGAAGGUCGCGACGCUAUGUGGGGGAGUUAGGUUUUGUUCAGGUACUCGAAACAGGGAGAACGAGCCCCACCAACCGAGAACCAGGACCCCAUCGCCGCAGGCGCCACCACGACGAUCACGCACGAGAAAAACAAACCAAGAAGUACACCUUCCGAUGAAGACGCUCGCUCGAGGAGUACGACCGGGGCCUACAGCCACCAUCACGGAGAUUGUGGAGCUGGACGAACACUUGGAGCCUGUCGAACCAAGUCGCCCAGUCGAGACAGCCGCCCCCCUCACCACUCAGCUUGCGCUGAUUCCCCAAAAUCGAGUCACGCACACCCAACAAUAUCAGGCCCUUCCGAUGAUCAUCGGGCCGCCGGAACGAACAGGAGCCCAGGGCUGGCAGAUCGUCAGCCCAUACUGGAACGGGGAGACGUCUUACUCCAGACCACCCCUCCAACACGACCUGGGAGGAUGGACUUUAGCAAUAAGAAAACUGGUAGCAAUAGUUUUAUCAGGGGAGUGUGACGUAUUGGCCUCCGCCAAUGCGUCGUUUUUGAAAAUCGAUGCCCAGACAUGGAACCCCAACCAACACCAGAGAAAAUUAAACCGACAACGCAGACCGAUAGCCGAGACGGGAAGUAUAGCAGUGACAACGCUUGACACCAACACCAGGAACCACCCAACGCCAAGCCAGGAGCAGCAGGAGAAAUUUGGGACAGGACAACUCGCCAACAGCGGUACCGGAGACAACUCAGCGCCAAACCUGAAAAAUAAAAUCAUCAUUAGCAGAGACAACAAACGAGAUCCGGGACAACAGGAUGAAUAUCCGACUACUGACAAUCGUCAUGGGACUCGCGUAAGUACUGAACAAGCUUAA